AUGCUUCGCUCGAGGCUCGACAAGGCUCGGCAGGACGCUCGAAUAAAAAGCUGGGACCCGAACACUCAAAUACCGGAUCUGAAGGGCAAGGUUUUCGUGAUCACGGGUGGCAGUGGUGGCCUAGGUUUGGAAACGGCGAACAACCUCGCACGAAAAGGCGGCAAGGUCUACUUCACGGCGAGGUCGAAGGAAAAGGCAGAGCGCGCCAAGGAGUACGUUCGAUCCAAGAGUCCGGAUGUGGCCGAGGACCAGCUCGUCUGGAUCUAUCUUGACCUCGGAGAUGUGGUUAGCAUCUUGCGUGCCGUUGACGAGAUCAAAGCUAGCACGCAGAGAAUAGACGUCUUGAUCAACAAUGCAGCUACCCUUAAGGAUAUAGGGAAGAUGACGGAUGCCGGGUGGGAAUUGGGCAUGGCGGUUUGUCAUUUCGGUCACUUCAUAUUUACCAACGGCCUCCUUCCAGUCCUAAAGAAGACGGCCGCUCAAGACGACAGCGAUGUAAGGAUCAUUACCAUGUCAUCCGAGGCCGCAAACGUUUACCUACCUGAAAACUACGAGUUCGACUUCACCUCACCAUCUUUCGUCUCCGGCGUGCUGCCCUACGAGCCAUGGACAUGGCGAUGGUUCCAAAAGCCACUCUUCGAUGUUAAUAUGGUCCUCUAUGCCCUGUCCAAGCUGGCCAACGCCCUCUUCGCCCAAGAACUCCAGCGUCACCUUGACGAGCAAGGCGUCCCCAUCCGAUCGCUGUCUCUGCAUCCGGGCGAGGCUGGAACCGAUGGGAGCCUAUCCAUCUUUGCGGGACCGUUCAAGUCUCUGCUGCGUCAAGUGAUGCUUACGAGUGACCAAGGCUCGUAUCACACGCUGUUUGCGGCGACGGCUGGCGAGAUCCGGGAGAGGGCCGAGAAGUAUAAGGGGAGGUAUAUGGUGCCGAUGGGGGAGGUGAAGGCCGUGCAUCCUGUGGCGGAGGACGAGGAGCAAGCUCGGAAACUGUGGGAGACUACUGCAGCGGAGGUGGAUAGAUAUCUUGCUGAAAUUGGACAUGGCGCUUUACCUGAGUGGUGA